UCGAAAAACUAAAAAACUUUUAGUAAACUGAAAAAAAGUUGUGAUAAAUAUUUUGUUUGCUUUUUUUAUUAUGAUAAUCAUGUUUGUUAAUAAAUGGUGUAAUUAAGAGUUUUUCGUUUUAAAAAAUACUUUGUGUAAUGUACUACAAAAACAGCAAGUGCAUUUUCAUUUUUAAGAUAUCAUGUCCGAGUCUUUAACACGAAAGUGGAUAAAGCAAUACAAAACAUAUUUCAUUUUAUUAAUUUUGUUUUUUUUAAUUCAAAUAUUUUUGGCUUAUAAAUCAUCUUUAAUACCUCAAUUAGGAUUAAGUUCGACUAACAGUAAAAUUAACGAUAUAAAUGUUAAUUUGGCAUAUCAAAAAGACAAUGGAAAUUCUGUUGGUGGUGACGAUGAGGAUGCUAAUAAUAACAUAGCGAAACCUGAGCCAGAAACUCGAAAUGUUGGUAUUAACAGCAACAGUGUCGCUUUAAAAUUAGAUAAUUUAACGUUUAAUACAACGUGCAAAAUAUUGUCGAAAGAAGCGAUAUCUGCGAUUAAUCGUGCAAAAACUCAAGACUGCAAAAAACAUAUCGCUAAUAUAGCAUGUGCAAUACAAUCUGGAUUAUUUUACCCAAAAAUAUUAAAAAGCACUUGUCCAAAUGGUAAUUUUACAAACAGCCGCUCAUUAGGCUGCUACAAAGAUGAAAAAGAAUAUAGACUUUUAUCUGGAUAUUAUACGAAUUUUAAACAAUCAAAUUCACCAAAUAAAUGUAUUCAAAUGUGUUUACAAUCUGGUUUUCAAUAUGCUGGUGUUCAAUAUGGUACAGAAUGCUUUUGCGGAAAUGAGCCUCCUCCACCAUCAGCGAGAAUAUCCGAUCCGAAUUGCAAUAUGAAAUGUACCGGAAAUGCCAAAGAAGCUUGUGGUGGUUACUUUACAAUAAAUAUAUUUGAGACGGGAAUUGCAAAAUUCACAGCUCAAAAUGCGAAAAUUAUUCCUGAAAAAAAUGUGGAGGAAGUACGAAUAGUAUUUUUAUUAACUUUAAAUGGAAGAGCUUUAAGACAAGUGCAUCGUUUAAUUAAGGCUUUAUACUCAACAAAGCAAUAUUUUUAUAUUCAUAUAGAUUCGAGACAAGAUUAUUUGUAUCGUGAAUUGUUAAAAUUGGAAACGAAAUUUCCUAAUAUACGUUUAGCUAGAAAACGCUUCUCAACGAUAUGGGGUGGCGCAUCACUGUUAACAAUGCUUCUACAAUGCAUGACUGAUUUAUUAAAAUCUGAUUGGGAAUGGGAUUUUGUUAUAAAUUUAAGUGAAAGUGAUUUUCCAGUAAAAGCAAAUGAAAAAUUACUGGAGUUUUUAACAGCAAAUAAAGGAAAAAAUUUUGUUAAAAGCCAUGGAAGAGAAACACAACGCUUUAUACAAAAACAAGGUUUAGACAAAACAUUUGUUGAAUGUGAUACUCAUAUGUGGCGAAUUGGAGAUCGUGAACUACCGCAAGGGAUUCAAAUAGAUGGUGGCAGCGAUUGGAUAGCUUUAUCAAAAGAUUUCGUUAAUUUUGUGACAAAUUACAAAAAUAAUGAACUUAUUCUAGGCUUAUUAAAAAUUUUCCAACACACUUUAUUACCUGCUGAAUCUUUCUUUCACACAGUUUUGCGUAAUACACAUUUUUGCAGUACCUAUAUUGAUAAUAAUUUACAUGUUACAAAUUGGAAACGUAAAUUAGGUUGUAAAUGUCAAUAUAAGCAUGUUGUAGAUUGGUGUGGUUGUAGUCCAAAUGAUUUUAAAAUUGAAGAUUGGGCUAGAUUACAAAAUACUGAAUCGAAAUUAUUAUUUUUUGCAAGAAAAUUUGAGCCAAUGAUAAAUCAAGCAAUUAUUUUGCAAUUGGAAGAAUGGCUUUUUGGUCCUUAUAUGAGUGAGUACACAAAUCUUAAUGCGUAUUGGGAAAGUAUUUACAACUAUGAAGAUAGCAGUCCAUUACCAGAUGAUGCUCUUCUGACCAUUGCAUACAGUUUACUGAGAAAUAACGCAAAAAUUAUGCGUUUCCAACCAAAUAUGCUGAAAGAAAUAGUUCAUUAUAAAUUUGAUGAUGAAUAUAAGGGAUUUAUAAUCAAAUAUUUGGCAGAAAUCUCCAAUAACACAAAUAGUUUAUUCGAAAUGGAAACUAGAAUUCGACCAUAUCAACCAUCAAAAACAAAUAAAAACUCUAGAUUUGGGCGCAGAAUAAAAAGUUUUGAAGUAAGUACCGAUUAUGAUCAAAAAGAACAAAUUCUGAGAAAUUUCCAAAAAGUGAUUGGUCCAUUAUCGAAUGAUCCAGUUUUAGUUUUUCAAUUUUCGGGAAAUGAACAUGCUGAAAAUUUUUCUUAUAACUUAACAGUUCUUUGGAUUGAUCCAAAUGGAAAUUUAGCUGACUUCAAUGAAGUUCAUGUUGAAGAUAGUCGUGUGGACUCGAUAAAUUUUUGCAAGUCAAAUUUGAAGAAACCGAUAACCCCUGGAAUAUGGACGGUCAAAUUGAUUGGAAGGACAAAUUUAUUUGCUCAAACAAGAUUUUUGGUAACACCAAUUGAAUUUGACAAAGGAAAACCUAUAAAACUAAAAAGAGCUGAAAUAUUAAAUACAGGAUCAAAAAAUUCAUUAAUUUAUCCUGAGGAAUGGAAACAAUAUUUGCCUCAAGGUUUAAAAAAAGAAAAUAACUCAAAACGUUUUGGUGAUAAUUUGAAAGAAUGGAUUGAUAGUCUUUCUAAAAUGUUUUAUUUAAGCCGGGAAAGCUGUUUAGCAUCAAAUGACGCAAUUAUUGAUAUAAAAUUAGAAUUAUGUAAAAAUACUGCGUGGAGUUCGCUCUCGCCAGAUUUAAAAAAUUUUUAUAUAUGAACAAAUUAUAUAUAAUAAAAAAAACUUCAACAUAAAACGAGUCGGUAAUCGGUAUAUAUUCUGUCAGCUGUGAUUUUUGUAAUGUCAAGAUAAUUACUUUUUGACUUCUGUACUGUCAGAUAUUUGACCAUAACCCAAGAAUCUCAACAUUUCAAAUUUUAAAUUCAAAAAAUUUAUGCAGUUGCAUGCAUCAGUGUUUUAUACAGUUGUAUCGAAAACUAACAUUAGUAAUUAGUAGUGUCUGAAAUGGAAAAUCAAAAUGAGAUGAAUACAUCAGAAAAUCUAAAAUUAUACGACGAAAUUUUAGCCAUUAAGAAACUUCGUGAGAGUCAGGAAAAUGAUUUAAAUCAUUUUGAUAUAACAUUAUCAUCUUUACCAGUGGAUAUAGUACUUCUUCUCAAUGAG